AUGAACCUUCGGCGGGAGCCCAGCCGGGCACAUUGGCGCGAGUCGAGAGGGAUGGCCCGCCACAGCACGACUCUGCAUCUCGUGGCUGGCGGCUUCCUGAAAGCAGUCGUUGGCGGCUCUGGCAGUUCUCCAGAAGCUGUUGAUUUUUUAUUUAGAGAUUUAGAAAUGCUGGGAAUUGCCCUGAGGCUCAAGAAAAGCUCGCCUAAGGCAAAGUACCAGGCAUCGGAACCAGAAAGAAGGAUGAGUCUCAGGUUAGGUGGAACAGUAGGAGCCAUUUUGACUUGCCCUUUGGAAGUGGUGAAGACCCGCCUACAGUCCUCCACCUUGAUCCCAAGGCCUGUAUGCCUACCUGCAGUGCAGUUGCAAGGAGUGAAUGGAACAUUUGUCCGCCCAGGACUCCCCAGAAUUGGCUUCCUUGAACUACUAAGAAUCAUUCUAGAGAAGGAAGGUGUUCGCUCCCUGUUUCGAGGCCUGGGGCCUAAUCUUAUUGGAGUUGCUCCUUCCAGGGCCAUUUAUUUUGCUGCAUAUUCGGGAGCUAAGGAGAGACUCAACACAGUGUUUAUGCCAGAGUCCAAGAAAGUCCACAUGAUUUCAGCAGCCUGUGCAGGCAUCACAUCCGCCACUUUGACAAAUCCUAUCUGGUUAGUGAAGACUAGGAUGCAACUGGAGCGCAGGGGCAAAAACGAGAGGAGCACCAGUGGCCUUCAGUGUGCCAUGCGCGUCUACUACAGAGAAGGUCUGCGUGGCUUUUACCGUGGAGUUACUGCCUCCUAUGCUGGUGUCACUGAAACAGUGAUCCACUUUGUGCUUUACGAGGCUUUGAAGCAGCGACUCAGGGAACAUCAGCUGCUGCUGACUCCAGCAGUUGUCUUAUCACCCAACAGCCAAGACUUCUGCGGUCUGAUGGCGGCAGCGGCUGUCUCCAAAACAUUUGCUUCGUGCAUUGCCUAUCCACAUGAGGUUGUUCGGACACGGCUACGUGAGGAGGGAUAUCGUUAUCGCUCUUUUGUGCAAACUCUCCAGCUUGUGGCCAGAGAAGAGGGCCCCUUAGCUCUUUAUCGUGGACUUUCAGCUCAUCUCCUUCGUCAGAUCCCCAAUGCUGCAAUCGUUAUGGUUACCUAUGAGCUGAUUAUUCACUUGGCAACAAAAAUGUGAUACCUUUCUAUUCUUGCCAGGUGGCUUAAGCUGUUAAAGGCUUUGAAGGGUAUAGUGGCUUAAUUGGGUACACUUCCCCAUUCCAUUGCAGCACAUAAACCUUGUAAGAAAAGCCUAAAAAGUUAGGAGCCUUCUGUAAUGGGUGGUUUUGAAGGCUUUAUAAGUGAAAGACAUGUUCAGCUGCUCUUGGCCUUUAUCAGACAUAUAAAGCCAUGGACAAAGGAGCACAUACAGAUCACAAACCUGGACAGAUGUGGAAUUUGCUAUGUAGAAAUGUUUCAAAGAAAACAUCUCUAGUGGAUGCUUCCAGGGUCCCACAGGCUAGGUGAUCAGUAUACCCAUUGUGCGGUUUGGUGCACUGAAAGUGUUAUGCUCUACACUUCCUAGAGCUGGAGCUGAUCUGGUCAACUGAGUGAAAAUCUUUAAGAGAGUUUUUAAGGAAAACAGUACAAAGAAGACUGGGACAUUUUAUUGGAAGAGGAUAAGUAAUUUGGAUCUCAAAAUUGAACUCUAUCUGUAUCAGCCAGUGAUCAGAACUUUACAGAUACAGCAAUGUUUCUCUUUUGAGCCUACCAGAGCAGCAAGUUGCUUA